GCCAGCAGACCCCUGUACGACGCCCGAAGUGGCCGAUUCCCUGAGAUCCCAAGCACCCGCCCGGCCUCGUCCCUGAUCUCCCCGGGGCGCGCGCGGGCGACACGCCACGCGGCCGGCGAGACGGAGGAGAUGGCUGCCGCCGACUCGGCCACGGCCUCUUCCUCCUCCCCCCCGGAGUGUCCCGCUGCCCCUUCCAUUCCGACGGACCCUGACUUCCUCAGCUGCGUCCUGCAGCCACCGACCUCCUCCUCGUCCCGCCCCGACGCCGAUUACGCUACCCUCCGCCGCCUCCUUCUCCGCCGCAAGCCCCCCUCCGCCCUUCAGCACCGAAUGGAGUGGCGGUGCAAUGACAACGGCUAUGUCGCCUACCGCAACUUUCUCCUCCGGCGCAUCGACGGCGGCAGCGCCCAGAGCACGCCCAGCAACAGUGGAAGGUGGGCUCCCUCUCCGGUACAUGCUAUACUCUCCGAGGCAGACAGCUGGAAUUAUAUGCGGGACUUGAGAAGUAACAGCGGAGUGUUAAACCAGGCCAUAAGUAUUGGCUCAAAGCAGAGCGAUACUGAGCGGCAUGUCAGAUUUGCCGAGCCUGCAUACUCAUUUGUUGGAGUGCACUGCAUCUUUGACAACUGCAAAGCCUCAGUUACUAUACUGAAAUUUGGCCGUGCAAAUUCUGAUCUGCUUGCAUAUGGUGCGGCAGAUGGCAGCUUGAUGGUCUGCCAGGUUUCUGAGCCACCAUCUGUUCUUCAAAAAAUGAUAGGGCAUUCUAAAAAUAUCACAGAUUUUGAUUUUUCAUCUAAUAACCAGUACAUAGCUUCAUGCUCUCUGGAUAAAACUGUGCGAGUAUGGGAAAUCUCUAAAGGCACAUGCAUCAGGGUCGUGUAUGGAGUUUCUUCCCAGCUAUGUAUCUGUUUUCAUCCUGUGAACAAUAAUUUGCUUUUAGUUGGUAAUGCAAACAAGGAAAUCAAUGCAAUAAAUUUUAGCACUGGGAGAGUAAUCAGCAAACUUAACUUUGAUGACGCGGUUACAGCUUUGGAUAUUGAUCACACCGGGCAGUUUAUUUUCGCUGGUGAUGCACAGGGUUACAUAUAUACUGUUAGUGUGAACUCACAUACAGGGUCAUUAUCUAGAACUCACAAGAACAAAAGUAGUAAGAGCAAAUCUCCUAUUACAACCAUCCAGUAUCGGACCUUCUCUCUGAUGGCACGCUGUCCAGUACUUCUUUCUUGUGCUCAAGAUGGAAACCUUUCUUUUUUCAGCAUCACGACAGAUGCUAAGGGAUACUUGACUCUUAUAUGCUCCCUAAAAUUGGCCUCACGGGUGCAGACUAUCCGUGCUUCGUUCUGUCCACUUCUUUCCCUUGAGAAAGGAGAGUUCAUAGUAACUGGAAGCGAGGACGCAAAUGUUUACUUCUAUGAUUUGGCACGCCCAAAGAAUUCGUGUGUGAACAAACUACAGGGACAUGGUUCUCCAGUAAUCGGAGUUGCCUGGAAUCACGGGGAGAAUUUUCUGGCCUCAUCUGAUUCAGAUGGCACAGUUAUCGUAUGGAAGCGAUCGAAAACGAGUUAGAGCGAUUCCAUGCCAUGAAGGAUGUUUUUAUAGAGCAAAAGGUAGAUGUUGUUUGAUGAUUCCAACAAAGGCUUUUUUUUUGUUGUACAUUGGACCUCCAUGGGCAUUGUUUGUAACAUAACUACACAAGGCAUGGGCAAAGAUCAACCGGCCUUGAUUGUAUUUACGGUAGUAUAGGUCUCCGUGUAUGUAGAGUGUAAAGCAUUUGUGGCGAUAUAUCCUGUGUCAUUCGUUUUAGGAUUGUAUCUUUGUUUCAUUCAUGAUUUUUGCCCUCC